AUGAAGGAAGUCACUGAAAAUGUCUCUCUGGACGGUACCGGCUGGAGCCAGGUGGCAUGCGAGGGCUCGGCGACAAAGGCCCAGGACACUAUUUUUUGCUCUGAAGAAGAUAACAGCCUGUAUUUCACAUACAGCGGAAAAUCAAACGUUCUCGAGGUCAAAGAACUCAACUACCAGGUUAACAUGGCAUCCCAGAUUCCCUGGUAUGAAAGCCUUGCGCAGAUGAAAAUGCCAUGGACCCGGAAAUCGGAUCCCCAUUCUCACGUGUCAAUAAUCCAGAAUCUGAACUUCAAAGUUCGAAGUGGCCAGAUGCUAGCUAUUAUAGGAAGCACUGCUGGUGGAAAGACAUCCUUGCUUGAUGUGAUAACCUGCCGGGAUCAUGGAGGCAAAAUCAAGUCUGGUCAAAUCAUGAUCAAUAACAAACCCAGCACUCCCCAGCUUGUUAAGAAAUGCAUAGCACACGUGCGGCAGGAUGACCGACUGCUUCCCCACCUGACUGUCAGAGAAACACUAUUGUUCGUUGCCAAACUGCGCCUUCCAAAGUUUUUUUCAGACUCACAAAGGAAAAAAAGGGUGGAAGAUGUUAUAGCAGAACUACGCUUGCGUCAGUGCGCAAACACCAGGGUAGGGAACCAAUAUCUCCGCGGCGUUUCGGGAGGCGAGAGGCGAAGGGUGAGCAUCGGUGUGCAGCUGCUCUGGAACCCAGGAAUACUCAUACUUGAUGAACCCACAUCUGGACUGGACAGUUUUACUGCACAUAACCUCGUGAUAACAUUAUCCAGACUGGCCAGAGGAAACAGAUUAGUUCUUCUUUCACUUCAUCAGCCCCGAUCAGAUAUCUUCCAACUGUUUGAUUUAGUUCUUCUAAUGACUUCUGGAGUCACUGUCUAUUCUGGAACAGCUAGAGACAUGGUCCAGUAUUUCACUGAAGUAGGAUAUCCCUGCCCAAGGUACAGCAAUCCUGCAGAUUUCUAUGUUGAUUUGACCAGUAUCAAUAAACAGACCGCAGAAAAGGAGAUGGAAAGCCAAAAAAGAGCAAACACUCUUGCCAACUUGUUCCUAGAAAAAGUCAAAGAUUUUGAUGAUUUCUUAUGGAAAGUUACUGAAGUAGACAAUGUUGCAACCACAUUCAGCAAGCAAAGUUCCCAUUUAAAUUCAGAAGAGGCUAUCAACAUGCCUCACCAUUCAAGUGAUCAGUUACCAGGAGUCUUAAAGCAGUUCACUAUAUUAUUAAGUCGUCAAGUCUCCAAUGACUUCAGAGAUCUUUCAACGUUAUUAAUCCAUGGAUUUGAGGCCCUUCUCAUGUCAUUGUUAAUCGGAUUUUUGUACUAUGGCCAUGAGAAAACCAGACUCUCUAUUCGUGACACAACAGCACUGUUGUACAUGAUAGGUGCACUAAUCCCAUUCACAGUGAUUUUGGAUGUUAUUGCCAAAUGUCAUUCAGAAAGAGCUAUGCUUUAUCAUGACUUGGAAGAUGGAAUGUAUUCUGUUAGUCCAUACUUCUUUGCUAAGAUUUUGGGGGAACUCCCAGAGCACUGCACUUUUGUUGUAAUUUAUGGGGUUCCCAUCUACUGGCUGGCAAACCUCAUUCCUGAACCAGAACAUUUCUUGCUGAACUUCCUCUUGGUGUGGCUGGCUGUAUAUAGUGCCCGAGUGAUGGCACUUUGGGUGGCAGCACUGCUGCCGACAUUACAGCUCUCAGCCUUCUUUGGCAACGUCCUUUUCACAUCAUUCUACCUGAGCGGUGGUUUUGUGAUAAGCCUAGAAAACCUCUGGACAGUUCCAUUGUGGGUUUCUAAAAUCUCUUUUCUCAGAUGGAAUUUUCAAGGCCUGAUGCAAAUUCAGUUCACUGACCUCACAUAUGAAAUGACUGUUGGAAACACCACAUUUCAAAUACCAGGGAAACUUGUCACUCACGCUCUGGACCUGGACUCCCAUCCUCUCUACGUAAGCUAUCUCGUCCUCACUGGUAUCAUUUGCAGCUUCCUGCUUUUAUACUACUUAUCUCUGAGGUUCAUCAAGCAGAAAUCAAACCAAGACUGGUAA